AUGGGCACCUCUGCGGGCGGCCGCUCUUUCAUAACUGCACGUAAUAACUGCAGAGUAUUUCCAGUUGUAGGAAGGUGCUUCCAGUGCACUGAGCAUGUUGACUAUCACUCAUGUCAUGGAUGCUUCACUGCUGUUGCCAUUCACUACGGAAUGCAUUUAGUUGGCUACUGCAACAAUUUUGAAUGUGUUGUAUGUAAUCCUCUGACUCAGAAGGAUACACCAGCUAAACAUGAAAACUACCCACCAGGUUCUCAUGUGAAUCUUAGCAAAUCUGCAAAGGAAGUGGAACCAGAAAUUUGGGUAUCUGGAAACUGAUUAUUUCUCAAGUAAAUAUCAUCUGAACAUGCAUAAAAAAAGUUUCAAAGUAGCCUCAGAAAACUUUCUAACAAAGAUGGGCCAAAGUCCAAAAUGGAUUUAAGAUCUUUUAGCAAGCUCCAUUUAGGAGAAUCUGAUCAGAACAGCAGUAGAAAGCUAGUGAUUUUCCCCAAGCACAGCAAGGAUUACUUUCUAAGCUCUUUUGAAAACAACAGUUCGUGGGAAGUCCAGUACUUUUUUCAAAAUUAUGUUCAUAAUGCUUUGAGAAGCCAGCAUCAAUUUGAAAAAAAAGCAAGUGGCUGUAAUAGUAAUUCUAAGAUAUCUGAGGGAGCUGAAUUUGAGAUUGAUUUGUGCACAGCAAGCCAUUCCUCAACAAAGAAAAUAAAAUGUGGAAAUGCCAGCCAUCAACAGAGGUUCUUAACAAGACCACCACCUAAAUGUAAUUAUCUAAAC